CUAGCAACCCAGCAUGCAAGACAUUUACAGAAGUAACAUGUGAAGUACCCUUUCAUUCCUGUUUAUCAGAGACACCUCAUCUUUUCCUUUCACAAAGAGACCUCUACCAUGAUGGUGACACCUUAAACUUACUUCAAGAAAAACCUCUCGAUGAACACGCUGCUAUGUUGUACACAAGAAACAACGAACUUGAUGCAAAACCUUUCUGAAUUCAGGCAAGAUUAACAGGUUUUUGUUUCCUGCGGAAUGUUCAAAUACCUCCGCAGGAGAUUCACUCAAAACCUAACAGAGCAUAAUCGUCAGACAGCUCGUCUCGUCUCCAAGGAUGGGAGGUGUAACAUAGAAUUCGGAAACGUCAAAGAGCAUUCAAGGAUUGGCUUCCUUGUGGAUAUUUGGACAACUGUCCUUGACCUCAAAUGGAGAUAUCAGAUGACUAUCUUUAUUUCAGCUUUCCUUGGAAGUUGGUUUCUCUUUGGAUUGUUGUGGUAUGCAGUUGCUUAUAUGCACAAGGACCUUCCUGAAUUUUCACCCACUGACACCCAUCUACCUUGUGUUCAAAACCUCAAUGGGCUGACAUCAGCUUUUCUCUUCUCACUGGAGACUCAGGUCACGAUAGGUUAUGGAUUCAGAUGUGUGACCGAACAGUGUGGAGAAGCCAUCUUCCUCCUGGUGACUCAAUCUAUCCUUGGUGUCAUUAUUAAUUCUUUCAUGUGCGGUGCCAUCCUGGCCAAGAUCUCUCGACCAAAGAAACGUGCCAAAACUAUAACCUUCAGCAAAACUGCUGUCAUCAGCAAACGCGGGGGAAAGCUGUGUCUCCUGAUCCGAGUAGCCAACCUCAGGAAAAGCCUUCUGAUUAGCAGCCACAUUUAUGGAAAACUUCUGAAAACCACUGUGACCCUGGAGGGUGAGACCAUUAUCAUGGAUCAAGUCAACAUUGACUUUAUUGUUGAUGCCGGAAAUGAGAAUUUAUUCUUCAUAUCCCCUCUCACUAUCUAUCAUAUCAUUGACAAGACCAGCCCCUUCUAUGAAAUGUCAGCUGAGACCAUCAAGCAGCAAGACUUUGAGUUGGUGGUCUUCCUGGAUGGCACCAUAGAGGCCACCAGUGCCACCUGCCAGGUGAGAACCUCUUAUAUCCCAGAUGAGGUCUUCUGGGGCUAUAGGUUUGCCCCCAUUGUCUCCAAAUCGAAAGAAGGGAAAUACAGAGUUGAUUUCUCCAACUUUGGUAAGACAGUUCAGGUGGAUACCCCACACUGUGCCCACUGCCUGCAGGCAGAGAGGGAGGCCAAACGCAAUGAGAAGAAAGCAUACGACAACCCUGUAUUCCAACUCAAUGAAGUCAAUGAAACCAAAAUGUAAACAUUGAUGUCAUAUCUCUGAUGUGGAUGGGCCACUUAAAUCUCCAAGCUCCUAUUAAAAGGAAAAAUGCCAUUUUUGUGGUGGACAUUCACUCAUACCAGGAGGAAGCUUUAGACAGCACCGAGCCAGGAUUGGGGUGGGGCAGACAGUCUCAGUCCAGGAGUGACACAGGAAGAAUAAUGUUAUGAACCAGACCAGACCAGAAGGUAGCUUAGAUCCUAACUUUUUUCUUACUUUAAAGGUAAAUAUCGGGUGCUGUGUUCCAGGUGCAAUUUGAUUAGUCAAGCUACUUGACGUUGAGCAAAACACAGUUUACUCAAACACUAUAAUUAAAAUGCUGCAAAAGAAAAAAGAACAUAGAGUAACCUACAUCUAUUGGAAAACUUAACGGAAUAAUAGAUACAGUAACUAUUACUAAUUAACUGUUCCAAUAUAGUAAGAUCCCAUAAACACACCCUUGGCAUAAAGGCAGUCAGAAAUCAAAUCUUAUCUCUCAUGCAAUCCAGCAGCUUAAGAAGACGACACCUAGCUUUUGGUUAUAACCAAGAGGGGAAAAAUAGCUUCCAUUUCUUUAACAACCCAACAGCCAUUACCAAAAACUCACUAAAAAUCCUUUAUCUAUGAGAGCUUAACCACAUUCACUCAGGCUGCUUCUAUUGUUCUAUCUUUUAAAAAACUUGCAAGGCCUCACAAGUUGUUUAUCUUCACAUAAACUGCUCGACACCUGUCCCCCCAAUUUCUUUCUAAAAGAAACCAGAAUAAAUCACACCCUUCAAAGUUGCAGUAAUGUCAUUAAAAAAAAACGAAAGAACUGUGGCUGUUGUAAAUCAAGAACAAAAAACAAAGUUGCUGGAAAAGCUCAGCAGGUCUGGCAGCACUGUGUAGGGAAAAACAGAGUUAAUAUUUUGGGUCCGGUGACCCUUCCUCAGAAUGGGAAUUGCAAUAUUGACAUGCCUACGCCCACCUUAAAAAAUACAAAUCAACAAUAUACAAAGAUGACAUCAUUUUUAAAAACAUUUAGUCUUACUCUAUUAGUACAUUACAAUGCACAUACAUUUCAUUGACUCUAAGCCAGCAAAUAUUCACUCCUACUAUCUACGUAAGUUUGUUUACUUCUGCCUCCAUCUUUCUUCAUCAAAGUCAUGACAAUGCAUUAGCAAUUACAUUUUCUUGUCCUGCUAUGUGUAUAAUUUUCAAAUAGAAUGGCUGCAGUAAUAAACUCCAUAUCCAGAGUCUGGAAUCUUUGUCCUUAAGGUUCCCCAAAAACUCUAAUGGGUUUUGACUAGGAGAUGCAAUCGUCUCAGACAUACAACGAUAAUAUAAAUGCUGCAACAUUGCAACACCAGCACCAAACUCAAGGUUUCCAUCUUAAUCGUGGAAUAAUUCCAUCAAUGAUUAUUCAAUUUUAUAGAAGAAUGGCUGCUUUAUAGAAGAGUAGUCAUUGGGUCUUUCUAGCUUCUUGUCAUCUUCUUGCAAAAGUACAGCACCAACAGCCACAUCACUUACAUUAAUGGGCACUUUGAAUGGCUUUGUGUAAUUAGGUGUUGGCUAACACUGGGGCAAUGGUUAACACAGCUUUAAUGCCUUCUGGCAGUCUGCCAUCCACUGAAAUUUUCCACACUUCUUCAGUAAGUCAGUCAGUGCAAAAACUACACUGCUAAAAUUUGCUUAUGAACUUCCAAUAAAAGCACUCAAUCUGAGGAACCGUAGUACUGUCUGUUUAGUUAAUGGUAUGGGAAUCUCCAAUGAUCUUUGUUUUCACAUCCCAUGGGGCCAUCUGUCCAUGUCCAAUAACAUGGCCCAGGAGUGUGACUUCAUCUUUUGUAAACUGACUCUAAGUCAGGUUUAUCAUCAAGCCUGCCUCCCUAAGUUAUAGAUGCUGCAAAUGUGUGACUAAAAAUCAUGAGUUCGUCCAUGUACACCACACAACUGGUUAGCCCAGAAAUGACUUUGUUGGUUAGUCUUUGAAAUGUGGCUGGCACAUUUUUCUUACCAAAUGUCGUUACUUUACAAUGGUACAGUUUAUUCAAUGUUCCAGAAGCUGACAUUUCCUUUGCUCUUGCAGAUGAAGGUACCUGCCAGUAUCCUUUGAGUAAGUUCAACAUUGAAAUAUAUGUUGCUUGUCUCAUCUCCUCAAUACAGUCUUCCAGGCAUGAUUUGGAUUUUGUCCCUGCAUUGAUUUUGCAAUAUUCCACACAUCAUCACUGGGUACCAUCUGAUUUCGAUACCACAAUAGUGUGUGACUACUAGUCGCUGCAAGUCACUUUGAUUAUAUUGUCUUUGGGCACACAUUCAAUCUCUCUUUGAAUAUGUACCAUCUUUAGAAGGUUGAGUCUAUAAGGAUGUUUCUUAGUUUGAACAGCAUUUCCUAAUCUAUACCAUGCACAAUUAGAUUAGUGUUUCCCAGCAUAUUCCUACAUAUCUCCCCAUGUGAUUGCAAUAACUCCUUCAGGUCAUUUUAAUUUUCCUCUGGAAGGUAACUAAUAAUUUAUCCCAAAUUUUAACAACUUCCUCAUUGUCCAAUUUACUUUAAAAAAUGUCCAAUCCAGAAUCAUCUGAAAGUGCUUCUUUACUCUGUGUUGUAACAAAUAAUAUUUUUGUUUUCUUUCUCUGUCAAAGUAUCCUUUGACCAUAUUCACAUGGCACACUCUGUGAGACUUCUCUGUGGCAUUCUAAUCAAAUAAUUCUGCUCACUCAAUUUCCUUUUGAUUUGACAAGGCUCGCUAAACCUGCUUUUAAAGGUUCACCUACCACUGGAAAUACCACUAACACUUUAUCUCCAUUAGCAAAAGUGUGAAAUUUUGAUUACUCGUCAGCUUCCUGUCUCACUACAUGCUGUGCUACUUUUAAAUGCUGCCUCGCUCUUACGAAGGGGAGGUUGGCACUUCUCUGGUAAUUAAAACCGAAACACCCAGAGGGGCUUGCCUUGCCUCAUAAUGUAUUAAAGGUGUGCUUAAACAAGAAAAAUCCCUGAUAUUCACUAUAUAAUCUAAAGUAUCAAUGUAUUUAUGUAACUCUAACAGUUAACAAAUUAAUAAAACUACUGACAAACUGAACAAUUCUCCCUUAAUUACUAAUUAUUCCCAAAUAAAAUGCAAUUCUAAUGGUAUGCUGUUCCAAUAGAUACAUAUCCACUUGUAUGAAAAAAAACUAAUAAAAUAAAUGCUUAAUUUCUUGAAAUUACAGCCAGGAUAAGUCUUUUGAAAUUUUUUUGUUUGCCUUCCCAGCUGUCCUCCAAACAGGAACACCUUUCUCCAGUGAAUUCUUGUGUUAGGAAUAUUAGCUAAGGGUGCUGAGGUACCUUUAUUUGGAUGGUGCUUACUCAAGGAUCUUAGAGAUUUCAGUGAGAGCCAGAGAUUUUUUCUGAUUUUAGAGAUGAAGGCUGUUGAAAACUGUUCUCUUAACUGAAGGCAGUUUGCUUUCACACCAAGUUUCCAAAGGCCUCUUCUUUUAUAUUCUUAAUGACCUAUUAACUUCUGACAACAGAAUUGGUCGAAGGUUAUCAAAACUAUCAAAUAUAAAUUUAAUUGGGCUUUGGUAUCUAGUGCCUGGUUUAAAUUAAUUGGCUAAAUUUAAAAACCUGCUGUUGUGGUAAAAUUGCUGUAUUGGUGCUAACAGUAUAGCCCUUUGAUACAAUGCUUCAAUUUCAAGGACUCUUUGUGCAUCUGCUGGUGCCUGUAAACUUUUUGUUUAAUCUCCAAGCCUAAAAAAACCCAUAUCUUUUAAAGGGACUGUGCAUUCUUACCCUCUACCAUUUUACAAACAAAUUCUAAUAUACUUCCUUCUAAUCCACAAGUAUGAGAACCAGCUUGGCAACAGUAGCCAACCCACCUGCUCUAUUUAAUAUUUCCAAAACUUGACAUUUUGUCCAAAUGUUUGUUCUCUGAACUCUCGCUCACCAAUUUAUCCUUCAUUAAUUUCAAUGGUUUUCCAUCUUCAUGCCCAAAAACUGAUUCUAAUGGACUGAAUUUGGUAGAUUUGUUUGGUCCAUCCCUAAUUGCAGAAGGUACAAGUGUAAUUCCUUUAUCCCUAUCCUCUGGAUAGUCUUGACUAUAAGCCCUCAACAUGGCCUUUAUUGUUCAAUGUCACCAUUCUUUGAUUCUGGAUGGUACACAGUGGAAUUGAAUUGUUUUAUUCCUAAGCUACCCAUAACUUCCUUGAAUAAUUUUGACAUAAAAUUUGACCCUUGUUCUGAUUGUAUCUCUGUGGGUGAAAAAAUUGAGUAACUCUUCUGCUAUUCUUUUAUCCAAGAUAUUGUGCAAGGAAUGGGCUCUGGAAAUCCAGUGGACACAUCCAUUGUGGUCAACUAAUACAGAUUCCCACUUUAUUUUUAGGUAGGGGUAUGACAUUACCAGUUACGACCCUUGUAAAAUGUUUCUUAAAUGUCGGAAUGAGUAUUGAAGGCAUUGGUUUUAUCACUGCCUGAGGUUUUCUAAUUACCUGAUAUGUAUGACAUGACUGGCAAAAUUUAACCAUGUCCUCAUGCAAUCCAGGCUAAUAAAAAUGUUUUCGUAUUUUGGCUUGAGUUUUCCUUAUUCCCAAAUGACCUCUGACUGAUAAUUCAUGUGCUACCCGCAACACCUCCUUUCUAUAAUCCACCAGAUACACAACUUGAUGAACUUCUGCCCAUUUCUCAUCCACCUGAAUAUGUGAUGGUCUGCAUUUCCUCAUCAAGAUGUCAUUUUUAAUUUAGUAACAUCCUGGGAUAUGCUUAGAUUCUUUGUUGUGUAUGUUUUUUUCAUUUAAC